UACGGUCAGUCGAUUGAAAGAUCCCCUGCGGUCACCAUGUCGUCUUUAAAUAAAAAAAGCACCGCUUCCAGUGCGGGAAACAAUCGGCCAUUAGAUACGGUUUUUCCGCCGUCUGUCGUCAGCUCUUCGGUAAAUAAUUCUCGGCAGGAAAUUGCGGUCGACGAUACUGACGCAUGGCUAUUCGAAAAAACGAAAAAAUCAAAGGACAGCGCGGACAGCGUGGCCGGCGCCACGUCGAAGUCGGAAUCCGCCGGCGUGAUAACGAGCAAAAUCGAUCGCGACUCGGAAUUUUACGACAUGACGCACGAGCGACGAGGAGUGGCGGUGAUCUUCAACCACGUCCACUUCAAGGAGAUGGCAACGCGAACCGGAACUGUCAGGGACUGUCGAAAUCUGACGGAGGCUCUUACCGAUCUUGGAUUCGAAGUUCGCGUCUACGAGGAUCCGAAAAUUAAAACGAUAACGACGGUGUUGAAGUCAGUGGCUGCAGAGGACCACACCGAUGCCGAUUGCCUUCUAGUGGCCGCGAUGUCCCACGGAGAAUCUGGUCUUCUACAUUCGAACGAUGAACUGUACGCGGUUGAUAAAUUAUGGAAUUAUUUCACCGGAGAUCAGUGUCCAACCCUUGCAGGAAAGCCUAAGCUCUUCUUCAUUCAAGCUUGUCGGGGAUCCCGUCUCGAUCAGGGUGUGAGAGUAUCUCACGAAACUGACAGCGUAGCUGCGAGCUACAGCAUCCCUGCUUACGCCGAUAUCAUGGUAGCCUAUUCGACCUACGACGGUUUCUAUUCGUGGCGUAACCCAGACGCCGGUUCCUGGUUCGUUCAAGCAAUUUGCAAGGAACUCGCCCUCAAUGGAAAGUCACGAGAUCUUUUAACGAUAAUGACCUUCGUCAACAGACGAGUUGCACUGGAUUUUCAAUCGUACGUACCUCAAAACGACAAGAUGCACGCUAAAAAACAAAUUCCAUCCGUCGUUUCGAUGCUCACCCGUCUCCUACGUUUCGACGAGAAAUCCGACAGGGUUGAAACGCCGGGUCGAAAAAUAACGACCAUCUGAACUACCGAAUCCUCGAUGAAAAUAAAAAAGUUAGACGUUGAAAAUCUUUCGACGGAAAUGUAUUCAUAGCGAUAGAAAAAAAAAAAAGAAAAGUAAAGAAAAGAAAAGAAAAAAAUCUCUUGCGAACUCUGCCGAAGAACUUCAUCUUUGAGUGAAUUUCUUUACACGCGUACGUGUAUUUACUUUCUUUUUUUCCCUUUUCUACUUCAUCGUUCGUCACUUUUUGUUGAACGCACUUAUCGUUACGGAAAAUAAAGAGUUGCUAUUUCACUUUUUA